CCACUCACUCUCAUCCUCGCCGGCCCCUCCCCCGCCGGCCUCAGGUUGGGGUGACGUCACCGGGCAGGGCGCGCCCACCUGCGGGCGGGGGAGGGGCCGGCGGCGCCGGAGAGACCUUGAGAGGUCACCGCCGGUCGCCCCUACCCCUACCUCCUCCCCGGGUCUAAUUCCAGUCCCUUUCCGCAGCCCUCACUCCGUUUUUCCUGUUCUCGUGACCUGGAAGCAGGCACCGGGUGGGGACGGGAUUCGCCUAGGGGCAGAGGGAGGGGGCUACGGGAAUCGAGAGACCGGGCAGCGCCUCCCCUUCCCCCGCACACACACCCUCGGGGCUCCUUGGCAGGGAGCCUGGCCCCUGGCCCCCAGAUCCAGCUGUGAGCUGAGGGAGGAGAGGCUCUGGUCUGGGAGGGCUUCCUGGAGGUGGUGUGGGAGGCAGGUUUGGGGGCAGCCUUGCCCACUGGGGCGUCCCUGGGAGGGCCCUGCUGCUCCUUCCCUCCGGCAAGGGAAGUGGCAGUUGGGUGCCGAGCUCUGGGUUUUGUCCAGGUGGCAACCUCUGGGGCAGCCGCACCUUGGCGCCUGUCUUGGAGGAGGGCGGUGCCCAUGGUGGGGCAGGGGGCUUUGGCCUCCCCUGCGGAGUGGCUCUGACCAGACCGGGAGGCAGGACGCUGCGUUUUGGUCCGAGCCCAUGUACCGACUUGUGGCCCACUCUUGGGGGGACAAGUGCAUGUCCCGGCUUCCCCCUCGGCUUGGUCUCUCGGAGCUGGUGCGGGAAAGGAGCGAAGGGAUGAGGUUGAGGCUGGAGAUCUUUUCUUGGAAACACAGGGCUGCCCCAUGCAGCCCUGGUUAAAAUGACCGCGGUCCCCCUCAUGCCUGUCUCCCGGAACUGGUGGGCAGGAGGCAUUGAGAUCUGACGGAACCCUAGAGGUCAACGGUGUCAUCUUUUCAGCCCAAACACUUACAGUCUUGAGUGGGCCCUGAGGGGACGCCACGGGCCCACGCGGUGCAGAGUGCCUGGCUUGCAUCAGCCCCAGCUUUUGUCAGCCAUGUGAUCCCGACAAGUCACUUCACCUGCUGGAGCCCCAGUGUCCCCUUUUAUAAAGAGGAUAAGAACAAUGGCGAUCCCACGGGGACUUUCCCAGGAUUUGGUGUUCUCCAUCGCCGUCUUCGGGCCCAUCGUCAACGAGGGCUACGUGAACACCGACAGCGGCCCCGAGCUGCGCUGCGUGUUCAACGGGAAUGCGGGCGCCUGCCGCUUCGGCGUCGCACUGGGCCUCGGAGCCUUCCUCGCCUGCGCCGCCUUCCUGUUGCUCGAUGUGCGCUUCCAGCAGAUCAGCAGCGUCCGCGACCGCCGGCGCGCUGUGUUGCUGGACCUGGGCUUCUCAGGACUCUGGUCCUUCCUGUGGUUCGUGGGCUUCUGCUUCCUCACCAAUCAGUGGCAGCGCACGGCGCCAGGGCCUGCCACGACGCAGGCGGGGGACGCGGCGCGGGCCGCCAUCGCCUUCAGCUUCUUCUCCAUCCUCAGCUGGGUGGCGCUCACCGUGAAGGCCCUGCAGCGGUUCCGCCUGGGCACCGACAUGUCACUCUUCGCCACCGAACAACUGAGCGCUGGGGCGAGCCAGGCCUACCCCGGCUAUCCGGUGGGCAGCGGCGUAGAGGGCACCGAGACCUACCAGAGCCCGCCCUUCACCGAGACCCUGGACACCAGCCCCAAAGGGUACCAAGUGCCCGCCUACUAGCGGCUGGCAGGCACAGACCAGGGCUCCAAGGCCACCCCACCAACGCAGGCCCCAGGAUCUCCGGGACCUCCCUUGGGUUCUUCCAGCUCAGCGCCAGGGACAGAGUGGGUGGCCGCCUUGGGCCAUCCGGGGCCAAGAGGGGGUGGACCCUCGCGUGCCCGGGCUGCCCCCUGCCAAGUUUCCCCAGUCCCUCAGCACCUGGCCCCAGGACUAAGGUCCUGAGAAAGGGAUAGCACUGCCCAGGAUGUGUGUCCCUAGCCCAGAAUGGACUGGCUUGGGGAAGGCAUUCCCUCUUGGGCCAGCCACCCUGCAGCUCACCUGCUCACUCCGGGGUCGGGGGUUCAGCUGCCCUCUCCGAUCAGCUGCAGGAGCUGCCCAGGACAAAGAGAGGGCAGGGGAAAGACACCACCCCCGCCCCGAGACUGGGGAUCCUGGCCACUGUUCUCAUCCCGUAUUCCUGUGGGUAGUGACUGUCCCGUUUCUGUCAUGGUGGUGCGUUCCGUCUGGAGCCACUCUCCACUUUCUCUCACAGGCUCCUAGAACAGCCUGGCCCUGUCAGUGUUGUGAUCGUGGUCCAGUCUUCAGGUUUCACCUCCUAGUACCCCACAAGCUGCUCCUCUGUCUGUGGCCCCGGCCCCUGCCCAGGUGUGGGUGGUUCUGGCCAGGAAGGCACAAGGUAGCUGUGGGCCAAGACACCAGCCCUGUCCCAGCCCUUCAGUAAGACCUUGCCAGGGGAGGAGAAGGAUGCUUGGGUGCCAGGCAAGACAAGCCCCUCAGCAGGAGACAGGCCCAGAGGCUCCAGCUGGCCACCGUGUCCCACGAGAUGGCCCCUGUGCAGUUCCCUUUACCUUGGCUUCCUGGACCAGUCCCUGCCUCUCCACCUGCACCCUGCUUCCUGGCCCAGUCCCAGGUUGGAGUCCCUCUGCGUAGCUGACUACUCAUGCAUUGCUCAAAGCUGGCUUUUCACAUUAAGUCAACACCAAAGGUGGUUGCCACAUUUCGUCAGAUAGACAGACACCUCCCUCUGGAGUUGCAGUUGAGUGACAACCUUGUUACAUUGUAGCCUAGACCAAUUCUGUGUGGAUAUUUAAGUGAACAUGUUUACAAUUUUUGUAUAUAUCACACUCUCUCUCCCUCUCUUGAAAGACCAGAGAUUGUGUAUUUUCAGUGUCCCAUGUUCCGACUGCAACUUCGUUACAAUAAAGACUGUAACUGAGCUGACUGUGA